AUGAGUAAAAACCAAUUAUAUCAACCAACUUGUGUUCGUAAAUUCCUCAGACCGGAUGCUACUCCUUUAACACCUGAAGAUAUUGAAGAGAUCAGGAAUGCACCCGGAAAUAUCUCAAACGCGGGCCAUAUUAUGUGUAAAAAAUUUCAUAUAGUCAAGAAACUAAAUGAAUCGAGGCCUGCUUCGCAAGGUUCAUCUACACAGCAAUCUUCACCCUCACUUUAUGGGACGGAAAAAAUAAGCGGAGAUGCCUUAUACAAAAAAGAAGCUAAGAGAGAUGAAAAGAAUAAAGCAAAUGUGGUUCGUUUAUUAAGCACUACUUAG